AUGAGACACCUCUCAUAUGAUACCACAACACCUGGCAGCACUGUGCCGAAUGUUUACGGGUCCAUCGUGGCGCAUUGUCAACUAGUCAUCGGGUUUAUCAACAGCCCAAUCGAUCGUCGCGAUAUCCAGCAAGAAGCCGCUUUGGAAUCACGGCCUCACCAGGAUCACAAUCACGGGACUACAUUCAGAAGUGGAUUCAUGGCGAGCGCAAGUCCGCGAGAACCAUACUGGCGUUCGGCUCAACCUCGACAGGCUGCGCUAUCUCGAACGUUGCCUACCGACCAUCCAGUUCAGCGUCAGACAGCACGAGCUUAA